AUGACGCUAAACGCUGUUGUAGAAUUUCCACACCAAGUCCUUCAAGCCUUUACUCCUUCUUCAAUCCAAUUAUCCCUCUUUAUCCCAUCUUCUUCCACCAAAAAAUGCGGAAGGAUUCAAUUUUCCAACAAGUCUCGUAUUUUCAAGAAGACUCUCUCAAGAGAUCAUACAAUUACCAUUACGCGAUCUUGCUGGUCUAAUUUGGAUGAAAUUUUUCACGAAGAUCGAUUAGGUAAAGGAUUUGGGGUACGGUUUGGUGGAGAGAAUGAAGGACAUCAAGAAAACAAGCAGCAUUGCACAAUACUGGAAAGAAACUCUUUUGAUAAUAGAUAUGGAAUGGAUGAAAAGUCGUUUUCCCCAUCUCAGUUUUAUUUAUUGGAGCCUAUAAUGCUCGGUAUAAGGCCAGAUCCACCGGUUUGGCCUGAACGGGAGGCUGUUAUACGGGCAAUUAUUGAACACAAGGCAAAGAGUUUUGAUCUUCCCGUAUCCUUGAGGAUGAUAAAGAAGAAAUUGCGACGGGAUGAGGGCUUUAUUGAUUCUGAAGAGUCAGCAAUGAAAAAGGCCUUUGCUUCAAUGGUAAGCAUCAUAGUCGAGUUACAGAGCUAUGCAUUACGGACUAGAGAAGAGUUAUGCCUUGAAGAUUUAGAGAUGAUUAAGGGUAAGGUCCAGAAAGAAAUGCAUCCUUCAUUUGUAUGGCUGUUUCAACAAGUGUUGUCAAAAACUCCAUCUUUGAUGAUCUAUGUAAUGGUCCUUUUAGCAAAUUUUAGUGUCUGCUCUGCGUCCCAUAAUGUUUCUUUUGCAGCAUCCUGUGGAUUAUUAAUUGAAGAAAAACAAACUGGACAUUAUCCACAAAUUGAAACAUCAAUGGACACAAUUUUGGUUAAGGAAGAUAGAGAUGUAGGAAAUAUUGGUGGAAACAUGGAAAUUGGCAAUUUACCAGGAAGCAGUGAGCAUGCUUUGAGAAGUGCCGAAGAGGUGAACUUGUGGAAUUCCAUGAUAGAUGAUGCUAGAAAGAUGCAAUCCAGUUUGAAGGAUGAGGUCCUUGAUCACGACAUGGUGCAACAUUUUGUUUCCCCGGUGUUUGUGGAGCUCGAAUCUGAUGAAUACGAGGACUAUCUUAGGACUGAUUUUUUUUACCAGAUGCACUUGUCUCGGGAGCCAAAUAAUCCACUUUUACUUUGCAACUAUGCUCAAUUCUUGCACCUUGUUGCACGUGAUUAUGCAAGGGCCGAGGAGUGCUACAAACGGGUAGUUCAAGUGUUGCCACCAGAUGCAGAGUCCCUGAGCCGGUAUGCCAACUUUUUAUGGACAGUAAAGAGGGACUUCUGGGGAGCUGAAGAAAGAUUUCUUCAGGCGUUGGCUGCCGAACCUGAGAAUUCUUAUUAUGCUUCUAGAUAUGCCAAUUUCUUGUGGAGCACUGGUGGGGAAGAAACCUGUUUUCCUCUCGACAAUUCCCAUAGCAGCACAAGAAGUUCAAACUUGUAG